AUGGAACAGCUUAUGUCAAAGUCGCCCCUCGCUCUAGACGAACAAGAAGCUGUACCAUUGAAGUGGAUCGAACGGAUAGAGAAAUUCCAGAACGCUGAUGGGAUGAGGAUCUCCACGUCAGACGAUGACAAAGUGGUCGAGAACGUCUGGGCUUCCACGCGGGAUCCACCAGAAACAACCUUAUUGCUCAUCCGCGCUUCCGGAUUCUCAGAUUACUUUAUCCCCAAACUUUUGGGAUUUUCAUCGGUUCCCAGCGAUUGCCGACUCCACAAUGGAGGAUAA